UUGCAAAGUUUAAGGAAGUUUACGUGUUCAGCAUUAAGUACAGUUGCACACAAACACAGUCCGAAGCCUUAAGGUGCUUUGCUUGCUCGUCGUAUAAGGAGGAUCACAGUCUGGGUGGGGCAGCCAAGGUGUGUCUUGACUACUGACUCACAACCAGCAACUGACAGACAGACGACUCGCCCAGAGCGAAGUCUGUCUUGUGUGAAUGAGAGGACAAGUGUAGGAGAGAGACGACUUUCUCCUUUUGAGUUUAUAGCUCACCGAUACGAAUUAUCUGCCACUCUCCGGACAACUGGCAGCGGAGUGCUACGGCCACUGGACAAAGUUAAAAAAAUGGCGAAUGUUUUAAUUUUCGACAUCUGCCUGCUGAUGGUCCUGUCCUGCGUUGAGUCCUGUAUUAUCCCGAGCUCUCACUACGUACUUGUGCCACAAAUGAUUCCGGCCGGAUACGAGAUCACAAAAGUUGAGGUGUCCGACUGUAACACCAAAUCAUUGCACUUUACUGUAAGAGACCCAAGUUUUACCAUCAGGAGUAAUGGAGCAGUAGUAGCUGUUAGUCCUGUAUUAGUGUCAACCAGAGGGCGGACAUUUUCUGUGUGGGCUCAGGACAAUAGUGGACCGGAAAGUGAGAUGGAAGUUCACCUUGUUCACAGUACAAUGCAAGAGAGCGAAAGAGAGCAAAAAGGCUUCCUGAAGAGAUCCAAAAGGCGGUGGAGUCCUCCUCCCUUCAACAUAUUAGAGAAUGAUAAGGGGCCUUUUCCAAAAGACAUUGACAUGAUUGUAUCCGAUUCGGCAGCCAAGUUCAAUGUGUACUACGAGCUCAGUGGCCCUGGUUACAAUAAGGCCCCUAUUGGAGUGUUCGGUUUUAACAAGACAAGCGGAAUGUUGUCUCUGCUCCAGUCAGUUGACCGUGAGAUGUAUGACUCUUUUACAUUAGUUACCACAGUUUACAACAUCAAAACACAUGCUCAGACAGACUUACCUUUGGACAUCCGAGUGGAUGUAGAUGACGUGAAUGACAAUGCGCCGCAGUUCCAAAUGCCACUGCAGUUGACUGUUCCUGAGCAAAGCAAAGCAGGGACAGUGGUGGGGAAGGUGAACGCUACAGACAGAGACAAAAGCGGAACUCUCCAUGUCAAGAUCAGGUAUAGUCUCUUGACUGGAUUAGACCUGUUUUUCAUCGACCCAGCGACAGGUGUCAUCAGCACAGUAACUAACACCCUGGACAGAGAGGUGCAAGACAAGCAUAUGGUGACAGUACAAAUCAAAGACAUGGAUGGUGCAGUAAAUGGUUUGUCCAAUACAGGCACAGCAACCAUUAAUCUGGCUGAUAUCAACGACAACCCACCGACCUUCACAAAAACAUCUUAUGAAGUCACUGUCAGGGAAAACGAAAGUGGAAAACUUGUCCUCCGAAUUCCCGUUGAAGAUAAGGAUUUAAUAAACACACCAAACUGGGUUUCUAAAUUUGUCAUCACCAAAGGAAAUGAAAAUGGAAAUUUCAGAAUCGAUAGAGACCCCAAAACAAAUGAGGGACUUCUGUACAUCUCUAAGCCCUUAGAUUAUGAAAAGACCAAAAAUAUAAAGCUUGAGGUUAUGGCACGUAAUGAAGCUGAGCUGAGUGGCACCACUGCCCAGUGGCUGUCCAUUCCUGUGGAUUUGACUGUCAGCAAUGUUGACGAAGGUCCAGAAUUCACAGCACCUACUGUCCGCUUCAUCGUCAAAGAGAACACACCGAACGGCACGCUGAUAGGAGCUUACACAGCUGUAGAUCCUGAGACCAAGAGCAGCAAGGGCAUCACUUAUUACAAGACCAUGGACCCAGGCUCCUGGAUCAAUGUUGACAAAAAUACCGGCGAGCUGAGGGUUGCAAACACAAUUGACAGAGAGUCAGAGUUUGUUCAAGAUGGAAUUUACAACAUCACCAUGAAGGCUGUGGAUGCAAGCGCCAAGACAGGCACAGGAACAGUCAUCAUUCAGGUGGAGGAUGACAACGACAACAUGCCAGUGGUCCCCACCAGCGAUUUGGUGUUGUGUGAGAAGGAAGGAGAACUUGGCUCUGUGCUGGUUGUGGCUGAAGACUUAGACCAAUCUCCCUAUUCUAGCCCCUUCACCUUUAGUUUGCCAGGCGGCCACGAUGACAAAUGGUCUGUGACAAAAUUUAAUGAUACGGCAGCUACGUUGCAGCAGAUCAAACCCCUUCCUACAGGAAUACACACAGUUCCCAUGGACGUUAGAGAUCUGCAGGGCUUUGGUAAAACACAGACGGUGAAAGUGAGGAUCUGCCAGUGCAGGAAUGGAGCCUGCUUGGCCAAGCAAAGCUCUGUGUCAUUAGGGCCACUGGCUUUACUGGCUAUGCUGUUGCCUCUGGCCCUCCUCCUACUGCUCUGCAUGUUGAUUGCCUUUUUCUGUGUGACAAAGCACGAGAAGAUGGAACUUGAUGAUGCAGGAGACAGUGGUGGAAUCCUGCUUGCAUCAAACACUGAAGCCCCAGGGGAACAAGUGGAUUCAAGUCUCAUCACUGUCCCCACUACGGUUGUUGAACCAGCAGUGAAGGGCUCAGUUAAGGGUUCUCUGACGAAUGCAGGAUGGCCGGGGAACAAGAGUUCCAGCACGAUCGGAGCCCUAAGCACACACGGGGCUGGGCAGUAUAAGUCCGGUGUUGUUACGACUGAUAUGCAAGAGCACUAUUCUUCCGGCCAGUAUGAUAGCCAGUAUGGUGCUCAACAGUACAGUGGAGGUCAAUUCGUUAGCGGCAUGGGCUUUGACAACAGACACCUCAUGCAGGACUCAGCAUUUCUCCACACCUGGCAAACAAAUGGCCGCUACAUACAUGAGAAACUGGCCUAUCUGGGAACAGAGGAGGAUGGACGGUACGCGGACGACAUCAUCCACUCCUAUGGGUUUGAGGGAGUGGGCUCUGCAGCUGGCUCUGUGGGAUGCUGCAGUGACGUUGGCGACAACGAUAACCUUGACUUCCUAAACACACUCGGACCAAAGUUCAAAACUCUAGCAGGCGUCUGUACAAAGACAUGAGCAACGCAGCUGAAAAAUAAUGUUUACUUAUCAUCGUACAGGAUGUAGAGAGGCCUGGGAUCUGAAUGCUUGGUUUGCCCCUGAUCAUGAAUGAAAUGAGAAAAAGAACAAGCUGUCAGUGUGAGCUUGGUGUUGCUUCUGUUUCUUCUCUUUGCUGCUUUUGUGGUAAAAGUCUUUUGCACUGAAAACUAUGCAGAUGCAAUCAGUUGUACAUAUAUUACUUAGUGUAUUUGUGUCAUUCAAAGUGUUGCUGGUUAAUAUUAGCUGAUGUAUUGAUAUAUGCAGUGAUGUGCUGCAAGGUUUUUUUUUUUAUCAAUUAGUAACAACUUUGGGUAUUUUGGGUGUCACUAAAAAUCUGUGUUCACUGUAAAUGAUACAGUUUUGCAUUUAUGUGGUUGCUUUUAAAUUGUUCUAAAUUUGAAUAGUUUUGAUAUAUUUUUUAAAAGAAAUAAAUACCUAAAUGAAAUAAGACAAGAUUACAAUUGCCUUGGUAAUAUUUUACAUGAAAAUGCUCCUUUUCAAAUUACAUGCUUAAAACUAUUUAUCAUUUAAAAAACUAUAUAUGUUCUGACUUCCACUGGUUUCCCAAUUCAUACAGUAAUAAUCUGUGCUUACACAUUCCAGUGCGGCUCUUGACCGUCUUUGGGUGUCACUGAGGUUAUUGCAACAUUCUGACAGUAAUCCUGUGAAAGUCAGCACAAGGGCGUGAAUGCCAGGAUUGAGGUGUUAACCGGCACCGCCUGCAACCGUCUCAAUACAAGAGUGACCAGAUAUUAGACACACUAAAUGGUUCAGAAAAGGAAAAUGCCACUGAAGCUACACAUUAAGGGAAAUCUGACAUUCCCAUAUCUUCAAAUAAAGUUGUUGAAAUUGCAAUUUUUGCAUGGUCGUUAAAGAAUGUUUUGUGCUUCUGUAGCAGCGGUAUUGUUAUAUAAGUCUCCGGCUUAAUUAAAAGGAAGCAUAAUUCAAAAUAUUUUUUCAAAGCAUUUUCAAGUUAACUGUAACUUUGCUUGCAGCUUGGAUUCCUUGUUACAGUAUGUUUUUUUUAAUAAACAUAAACUUGUGAAUUAAAAAUAAA